AUGGUUCCUCCAUCCGCGCCUGAAAAAGGGAAAACAACAGCAUCCCCCGACUUUCUGAAGACACCUGUCACCCUGGCCCCAAUCACCAAUGGAAAUAAGCGCAAGACGAUGUCCUCUGAGCUGGCACUCCUCCCGCCUCCUAAAGAGUCAAAGUCUGGAGCCGAUGAUACGCUCUUCCAAGGCGGCAGAGAACUCUGGUUAGCAAAAAGGCUCACGGAUCCGGAGAUCUACCUCCCACUGCAGGCCAGCAAGGUAUGCCCGGCUCCACCAGGCGUUCGAUACACGACCAAGGCGGCAGUCCAUCGAUACCUUGCUUCCGAGUUUAAUCAGCAAAAGGAGCAUGCUGGAUUCGUGGUCGAUGAAGGGAAGAUCAAGAACAAGAUUGCCAAGAUGUCUCAGCAUUUCAAGCUUGCGCACCGGUUUCGGCAUUCUUCGGGUUUCGGCAGAACGGACGAGAUGACUUGGCGGGAUGCAGUCAAAGAGAGAUGCACCUACUACUUUAUUUUGGAGCCGGUAUGGGCUUCUGUAUGGAGCGACGGCAUUACCCUCAGUACCGACUCUCUCACAAACCUUGAUAACAACGUCAUCAUCGAUAAAAACCCCGACGGACCUCGUUCAACCGACAGUGCCCAACGCCAUUCUGAUGGGAGCAGCGGGGAUGAGAGGAGUGAUGCGGAUACAAGAUCCGGACAUAACCAAGGAUGGGCAGACGUUAUUACGGUUAUGGAGGAUGAUAAUGCUGGGGAUGCAGCUGAAGAGGAACUGGAUAAGUCCUUAGAGAGAGGCCGGUAUCGUACAGCGACGCGGGUAACGCCAGCAUUUGGGUCACAAUGGACGAUCUUCUCGCAAGCCGACCGAGACGAAGGGCAGAAGGGCGGUAGUGGAGGGUCCAAAGUGCAACCAAAAAGCCCCAUAAGCGAUUUACUCAAACAACUUAAUACGUUGGGUAAAUAUGAGGUUGAUGCCUGGAAAGAGAUGGAAAUACGGCGGAUGGAUCUGAUUCAGAAGACAGAGUUGGCGGAAAUUGAGUUCAGGAAAGCAAUCCGCCUUGCCGAAAUCAAUGCAGCAACAAAGCAGGAAAAGGCUGUACUUGAGCAAGAGAAGGAGAUUUGCUUGGAAGUAGAGAAGAGGGUAAUGGCCAAGGAGAAGGAGCUAGAAAGGCUUCUUGACAUUGCGAGGAAGCAGCUGGGACCUUAUCUGACCCAGCCCACGGCAUAA